CUGAAAUCCCCAAUAAUAUCAUUCCAAUUCCCUUUCGGGUCUUCUCUGUUUCUCCUCCAAUGGCUGCCGUCGCAAAUCUCUCCCUUGCCCCCAUCACAAAGCUCGCCCCUUUCUCAUACACCCAUGUCGACCCUAAUCCCUUCUUCCUUAAAAUCGCCAAGAACUCUACUUUUACAACUCCCUUCAAACUAGAAACGUCGUCGUCUCGAUCCACAAGGUUUCUCACUAGGACCGCCGAAAGCAACACGGCCGCGCCCUCAAAGAAAACCGCCGGUGGGGACGAGAGGGUGCAGAAAGUGCACACAGUUCAGGAAUUCGACGACGCACUUCGGAUGGCGAAGAACAAGCUGGUGGUUGUCGAAUACGCCGCCAGCCAUAGCCAAAAGAGCAGCAAGAUCUACCCUUUCAUGGUGGAUUUGAGCCGAACGUGCAACGACGUCGAAUUCAUUCUUGUCAUGGGCGAUGAAUCAGAGGAGAUGAAACAGCUAUGUGAAAGAGAAAAGGUCGAGAAGGUUCCACACUUCACCUUCUACAAAGGUUUGGAAAAGAUCCACGAGGAGGAAGGAAUCGGGCCGGACCAGCUGAUUGGAGAUGUUCUAUAUUACGGGGACAGCCAUUCGGGUGUGGCGCAGCUCCACAGUGGGGAAGAUGUUGAGAAACUGAUAGAGGACCACAAGGCGGACCAUAAGCUGGUGGUGCUUGACGUGGGGCUCAAGCAUUGCGGCCCCUGCGUCAAGGUUUAUCCAACGGUGCUCAAGCUGUCGCGGCAAAUGGAAACGGUGGUCUUCGCAAGGAUGAACGGGGACGAGAACGAGAGUUGCAUGAAGUUCUUGAGAGACAUGGAUGUCGUCGAAGUUCCCACGUUUCUCUUCAUAAGAGACGGCAAGAUUUGCGGUAGAUAUGUAGGCUCCGGUAAGGGAGAACUCAUUGGGGAGAUCCUUAGAUACCAGGGAGUUCGAGUUACUUACUAAUAAUGGAAACAACUAUCUAUCAUUAAUAUUAUGAAUGAGUUAAAUCAUUUUAAAAUUGCCUAUAUAUAUAUAUAUAUUGCUCAAUAAACAUUAAUUAUUUACAUAUAAAUAUUGAAGCAUCCUUUAGAUUUGA